GUUCUCUCAGAGAAGAAGGAACCUUAGAGAUGGAUCCUGCCCAGCUCAAAGAAAGUGUCCUCAGCUUCAGGCUGGAUGAUGGACCUCGUGGUAAUCGGGGCUACUCCCGGGUUCUCCUGCAGCUCUUUGGUUACCUGGGUCAUGGGAAGUCCUCCUUCAUCAACUCCUGUAAGUACGUGCUGGAGGACAGUGAUACAUACACACCAUUCGCUGUGGCUGGAGAAAGAUCAGACGGAGGAGCCCUGACAAUGGAGAGAAAAUCCUACGAGCUGACCGAGAACAUCUCCAUAGUGGACAACAGAGGGUAUAACAGGAUUAACAGCCUUGAGAGAGCAGAGAUCUACGCCCAACUGGGAAACUUCAUCCCCAUCGGUGAGAAGGUGGAGUGGAUGGAGAACUACACAGAUAUGAUGAACCGGCUGCAAGAUGCUGAACUGAACCCCAACUACUCUGACUUAAUCGUCCCCAUCCUAGUACACAGCGCUGCAUCUACGUUUUCUGACAGUGAUAGAAAUGACGUGCAAACAUUUAUGGACAACUGUGUGCAGAUGACAGGAGUCGCCCCCAUCGUUGUCAUCACUAAAAAAAGGAGCGGAGAUUUCAUUGAACUUGACAAGAAGUUCAAGCUGAUGGGAGCCGAGGAGAUUAUAGCGAUAGAGAACUACACCGAGGGAGACCAUAUCAGAACCCUGGGGAGAACCAAGGACAUCCUGACCAUCCUUCAGAAAGCCCUGGACGGAGUCGGAUACCGUCUGGGACAAGGAAGAGACGCCCAGAAAGAAUGGGUGGAAAGGAAGAGGUUCAUGCUGGAGUUCAUAUAUAACGCUGACCUGGAGAAGAGAAGAGAGGAAGAAAAGAGAAGAGAAGAAGAAAAGAGAAGAGAGGAAGAAAAGAGAAGAGAGGAAGAACUGAAAAACUCUUGGUUGCCAUGGAAUUGGUUCAAAUAUUUCUGGCAAAAGUGGAGCGCGCAGGGCCCGACGCCUUAGAAGCAGCGCUAUCUUCAUACGACUACAUGAAUGGCGGCUGCAGGAGGCGUCACCUCCACGUAAUUUUCUUCUGCUUCUGGUGAAUUGUAGAUUGGAUGUUGGGGGUUGUAGUUACCCGCCACCACUGCUAUAUCUAUAUCUAUAUAUAUAUAAUAGUAGAAAAGCCACAGACUCCCUGACUGGCGGCUCCUGUCUCCACUGAUCUGUUCUAUUCUGUAUUACUGAGAUCUCUGAUUAAAAGGCUUCUGACAACUGA